AUUCUUCAGACUGAUUUGCUUCAUUGUCCUCUAAAAAUGCUUGAUGAUAACAGCCUGGCUAACAAGACAGCACAGAAUGGAUUCUAUAUUGUUGUUUUUCCUACAAAUCCACAAACUCAGCCGAUACUUUUCACUGGAAUUCUCAUCAUCUACAUGAUAGCUAUGUUGGGAAAUUUAAUCAUCACAAUGCUGAUCACCCAGGCUCCUAAGUUACAUAAUCCUAUGUACUUUCUGAUAUGCAAUCUAUCUAUUUUAGACAUGUCUUUUAUAUCGGUUACUGUUCCAAAACUUUUGGUGAUCACAAAGACCAACAUGAAUGUUUUGUCUUUUAAUGAAUGUAUCUCGCAAAUGUACUUUUUUAUUGCAACUGCAAACAUAGAGUCUUUUAUUCUGACCUCCAUGUCUUAUGAUAGAUAUGUAGCAAUUUGUAAUCCUUUGCUCUAUCCUUUAAUUAUGAACAGAGUUUCAUGUUUCUUUUUGGCUUUAGCAUCCUGGCUCCUUGGAUUCCUCAACUCAUUACUCCUCUCAUUGCUUACAUCAAAUUUGUUAUUUUGUAAGUCAAAUGUCAUUAAUAAUUUUUUCUGUGACCUCAAGGCACUUCUAAAAUUGUCCUGUAGUGACACUACUCUCAUUCAGACUAUUAUACUUGUUGACAAUUUUAUCAUUGGUUUCUUUCCUUCUUCUCUGACCUUGGCCUCUUAUGCUUAUAUCAUUUCAAGUGUGUUAAAGAUCCAUAGCUCAGAAGGGAGACGUAAAGCUUUUUCAAACUGCAUGUCACACCUUACCACAGUUUUCCUUUAUUAUGGGACAGCACUUUGCUUGUACAUGGUUCCUAAUGCUGAAAAUUCUCAAACCAAAGACAGCACCCUUUCAUUUAUUUAUGUUGCUUUAAUUCCAAUGGUAAACCCAUUAGUUUAUAGUCUAAGAAAUAGGGAUGUUUUGGAAGCUUUGUCAAAGGUAACUGGAUGGAAUAAAAAACGUAACGUAAACCAGAAAGACUAUUUUACCUAAAUUAUAAAGUAGAUCUUUACAUUACAUUGCUACAAUGGUAGUCUAAAAUUUAUAUUGUAGAAGUAUA